AUGGCGGACUCUUCUCCUCGGCCUGGAGACGAUAGGUAUACUUUGAGUCUGGAACAGAGCUUGCAGGAACUCCAAGAAAAGAUUCAGCAACACCGGGAGGAGCUUGCCAAGCUUCAGCAAAAUGGGAGACCGUCGCAGACCGCGCCUGGCACAGGGAAAGACAGCUAUGAAGUCAUGAAGGGGGCUUUUGAGAAGGUUGCUGCAACACCACCAUUCGUCCCUUCCUCGGCAUCAGUCUUGCCCGCGCUCUUGGCCCUACGAAAGACACAUCAGACUGUCGCCGAGUCCCGAGCGUAUCUGGCCAGUCAGUGGGCAUCACUCGAGCAAGCCAAACGCAGGCUUGAAAGUGAACAGGCAAAUUUGGCUGAUCAGAAGCUGCUGCAGCAAAGCUUAGAGAACCGCAUCCAAUCGCUAGAAGAUGACGCCGAAUCUCGGAUGGAAUUAACGCCCGCACAGGCGGCCAGGGAAAGACUGGAUGAACUGAAGCAAAAGAAGAGGCGUUACGACAAGGAGACGUCCAAACUUCUCAAGGCUCUCAGGAAGUUCAUUGAUGAUCACCUUGCGGCACAGCUAGCGGCGGAAGACCUCGGCGGCCCAGUCGUAGGCGACAUGAUGGAGAUCGACUCGGAUCAACUCGUUGCGGGUUUCAAUGCCCAGGGUCGGCCAAUGAAGGUCAAGUCCAAGCCAGACGAGGACAAGCGACAAAGACGGCUUGAGGAAGUAUGGGGUUUACCUCAGGAGGAUGGCAGAGACCAGCGCGGCGAAGUCGACGAAGCAGCAGCUGCCGGACGCGAGAUGCGCGAGCUUACAGAGCAACUUUUGAACCAGCUUGUGGAAGCGGGAGGCGAUAGCACGGCAUCUUACGUCAAGUUACCAAAGGAGACGGCAGCGGCGCGGUUUCUGGUGCGGUCCAAGGUCGCACAGUUCCACCCCAGAGAUGCCACGAGGCUCAAGCUGAUUGAUUUUGGAAGAGAACUAGACGACUAG